AAAAAGUGCAAUACUAGUCAUGGAUGAAGAAAAUUCCGAUCAAGCCUUUUCGACACUAAAAAGAAAACCCCUUACUGUGAUAGCCACGAACAAAGAGAAAGAACUGUUUAUCGAUACUGAAUUCCACUGCUUAGUGCUUUGGCUAGUCCAGCUAAAAGAUAACAGUAUGUCACGUGAUCCGUGUUGAACUGCCAAGCAACUUGUGGAAUGACAAAAGCCGGAUAAAAAGGAGAAGCAGUGGUAGAGGAGAGAAUGCGGGAG